GUAUUUGUUACAACUUUAAACAGAAUGUGACUCAAGCACCACAUUUCCAUCCACACGACUGGCUCUGAGUUAUUUUUGAAUAGCUUAUGAUAUGCUUAGGUAGGCUAAUUACUGCUCCUCCAAACAAUACUUUUCUUUGGAAAACAAGCCCUAUGGAGAGUUCCAUCAAGUUGCUUCAGUUUAACCUAUUUCUAGCGGACUAGUACAUGAAGAAUUGGCAACUACAGGGGAUGAAAAGUUCAGAAAGUAGAUCCUACAAGAUAUAACAAAUACUUUUCUUCUAAAUAUCAAGGUAUAGCUUGGGAACACUUCAAUAACAAGAUUUGGUCUACUAAGGAAUCCGGCUUGAUAGCUAAACACUUUAGACCACAAAGUUAACAUGUUACAUACAUCUUACAACACACAUUACCUUGAUCUGUUAAUGUAAGCCAAUGUGAAACUAAAAAAGCAUUACUAGCUCUGCUUUACUGCCUAAAGUAUCACAGCAUUGCUUAGUCGACAAGAAUCUUUAUCUUCACCUUAAAGUAGUUGUUGUCAUGCCAUACAGACUUUUUAAUGUUAACAAAAAUAAAGAAAAACAUCCUUGAAAAUAUAUUAUUAGAGGAACUGUAGAGUAUUGAACAGGUAAGUCAUCCCUCAGCUGGAGCUUAGUCUACUUCUUCCAUGCAUGAUGUAGGGCUUGGAACUUCCAGAGGAUGAAGAAGAAAAAAAGAAACAGGAAGAGAAAAAAACAAAGUUUGAGAACCUCUGCAAAAUCAUGAAAGACAUAUUGGAGAAAAAUGUUGAAAAGGUGGUUGUGUCAAACUGAUUGGUGACGUCUCCAUGCUGUAUUGUCACAAGCACAUAUGGCUGGACAGCAAACAUGGAGAGAAUCACGAAAGCUCAAGCCCUAAGAGGCAACUCAACAGUGGGUUACAUGGCAGCAAAGAAACACCUGGAGAUAAACCCUGACCAUUCCAUAAUCAAGACCUUAAGGCAAAAGGCAGAGGCUGAUAAGAAGGACAAGUCUGUGAAGGAUCUGGUCAUCCUGCUUUAUGAAACUGUGCUCCUGUCUUCCAGCUUCAGUCUGGAAGAUCCCCAGACACAUGCUAACAGGAUCUAUAGGAUGAUCAAAUUUGGUCUAGGUAUUGAUGAAGAUGACCCUACUGCUGAUGAUACCAGUGCAGCUGUAACUGAAGAAAUGCCACCCCUCAAAGGAGAUCAAAGUAUUAUUAUUGGUACUUCCUGGUUCAAAAUAUUUGUUGGGUACCCAUGA